ACUGAGCUUUGCUUCCAGUGAUCAGUCACUUUUUUUCUCUCCAUGUUUAACAGUUAACAUACACAAGGUAGAUGUCUCAAGAUUAUUGAAUGCAAAGUAUUCAUUAUUCAGGAUUGUUCUGGUUUCAGGAUUUGCUGUGAAAACAAAGGUGCUGAUGCAACCUAUGCCAGUUCAGUGUUGGGAAUUCAUUGUGGACAUGAUGUAAGGGAUGGCAUGGGAAGGGCGCCAAGACAAGGAACAAGACCUGCCGCCAUUUUCAUCUGCAUUAUGUCUUCAGUGUUCUGGGACGCCAUUGGGAGGGCGCCAAGACAGGGAACAAGACCUACCGCCACUUUCAUCUGCAUCAAGUCUACUUCUGUGUUCUGGGAUGCCAUGGGGAGGGCGCCAAGAUGAGGAGCAAGACCUGCCGUCAAUUUCAUCUGCAUUAAGUCUUCCUCAGUGUUCUGGGAUGCCAUGGGGAGGGCACCAAGACAAGGAACAAGACCUCCAGCCACUUUCAUCUGCAUUAAGUCUUCUUUGGUGUUCUGGGAUGCCGUUGGGAGAGCGCCAAGACAGGGAACAAGACCUACCGCCACUUUCAUCUGCAUUAAGUCUUCUUCAGUGUUCUGGGAUGCCGUUGGGAGGGGGCCAAGACAGGGAACAAGACCUACCGCCACUUUCAUCUGCAUCAAGUCUACUUCAGUGUUCUGGGAUGCCAUGGGGAGGGCGCCAAGAUGAGGAGCAAGACCUGCCGUCAAUUUCAUCUGCAUUAAGUCUUCCUCAGUGUUCUGGGAUGCCAUGGGGAGGGCGCCAAGACAAGGAACAAGACCUCCUGCCACUUUCAUCUGCAUUAAGUCUUCUUUGGUGUUCUGGGAUGCCGUUGGGAGGGCGCCAAGACAGGGAACAAGACCUACCGCCACUUUCAUCUGCAUUAAGUCUUCUUCAGUGUUCUGGGAUGCCAUGGGGAGGGCGCCAAGAUGAGGAGCAAGACCUGCCGUCAAUUUCAUCUGCAUUAAGUCUUCCUCAGUGUUCUGGGAUGCCAUGGGGAGGGCGCCAAGAUGAGGAGCAAGACCUGCCGUCAAUUUCAUCUGCAUUAAGUCUUCCUCAGUGUUCUGGGAUGCCAUGGGGAGGGCGCCAAGACAAGGAACAAGACCUGCCACUUUCAUCUGCAUUAAGACUUCUUUGGUGUUCUGGGAUGCCGUUGGGAGAGCGCCAAGACAGGGAACAAGACCUACCGCCACUUUCAUCUGCAUUAAGUCUUCUUCAGUGUUCUGGGAUGCCAUGGGGAGGGCGCCAAGAUGAGGAGCAAGACCUGCCAUCAAUUUCAUCUGCAUUAAGUCUUCCUCAGUGUUCUGGGAUGCCAUGGGGAGGGCGCCAAGAUGAGGAGCAAGACCUGCCGUCAGUUUCAUCUGCAUUAAGUCUUCCUCAGUGUUCUGGGAUGCCAUGGGGAGGGCGCCAAGACAAGGAACAAGACCUCCUGCCACUUUCAUCUGCAUUAAGUCUUCUUUGGUGUUCUGGGAUGCCGUUGGGAGGGCGCCAAGACAGGGAACAAGACCUACUGCCACUUUCAUCUGCAUUAAGUCUUCUUCAGUGUUCUGGGAUGCCAUUGGGAGGGCGCCAAGACAGGGAACAAGACCUGCCGCCACUUUCAUCUGCAUUAAGUCUUCUUCAGUGUUCUGGGAUGCCAUGGGGAGGGCGCCAAGACAAGGAACAAGACCUGCUGCCACUUUCAUCUGCAUUAAGUCUUCUUUGCUGUUCUGGGACGCCAUUGGGAGGGCGCCAAGACAGGGAACAAAACCUGCCGCCACUUUCAUCUGCAUUAAGUCUACUUCAGUGUUCUGGGAUGCCAUGGGGAGGGCGCCAAGAUGAGGAGGAAGACCUGCCGCCACUUUCAUCUGCAUUAAGUCUUCCUCAGUGUUCUGGGAUGCCAUGGGGAGGGCGCCAAGACAAGGAACAAGACCUCCUGCCACUUUCAUCUCCAUUAAGUCUUCUUUGGUGUUCUGGGAUGCCAUGGGGAGGGCGCCAAGACAGGGAACAAGAUCUGCCGUCACUUUCAUCUGCAUUAAGUCUUCUCCAGUGUUCUGGGAUGCCAUGGGGAGGGUGCCAAGACAAGGAACAAAACCUGCUGCCACUUUCAUCUACAUUAACUCUUCUUCAGUGUUCUGGGAUGCCAUCGGGAGGGCGCCAAGACAGGGAACAAGACCUGCCGCCACUUUCAUCUGCAUUAAGUCUUCUUCAGUGUUCUGGGAUGCCAUGAGGAGAGCACCAAGACAAGGAACAAGACCUGCUACCCCUUUCAUCUGCAUAAGUCUUCUUCAGGACUUGAAGGUGGAGACAGGACGAUUCCUCUUGCGAGCCUUGGCCUCCACAAUCAUCUGUGCUUGUCGCUUGAUAAACUUGCGUGUCAAGGUCUCCUCCUCUUCUCCACUAUCUGCUCCUUCUUCAACCUGGAAAAGCAUAGUGUUUUUUCUUUUUUUUUCUGCAUCGUGAUGUCGCAUAAACACCUUGAAGUAUAUGGGUGUCCCAUGUACAAGAGGUUUAAUUGACUCGAUCAUUGAAAUCAACUGGAUGUGAUUAACUUGUUACUUACCUAAUUAAAUUCAUAAUCUAC